AUGGAGAAAGAAACUGAGGACUCCUAUUGCGGGAGUUCAUUGCUGACCCGGAGCUGUGGGCUGGCGGCUCUGCGUGGCUCUGUGCUCAGGCUGGCACCUUCGAGGCUGCUGGCCAGACCCACCGAGGGGGACAGCAAGCCCCGAGCUGCUGCCAAGACACCUGUGACAGAGGCAGGGAUCAGUGGCAGUCCAGGGCAGAAGCUUUUGGUGGGGGGCCUGUCGAGCCCCCCCGGCGUCUACGUGGGUACCGUCCCCACCGGCGGCGUGAGCAGCUUGGGCACCCGAGUGUCCCGCAGAGCCCUGGGCAUCAGCAGCGUCUUCCUCCAGGGUCUGCGCAGCUCCUCCGCCGCCGUGCCCCUGGCCCCGGGGCUGGAGAAGGGCAGGGCGCUCUCCUACGAGAGCCUGAACGGCUGCUUGGUGGAGUACAUCGAGAAGGUGCGAGCUCUCGAGCAGGUCAACCAGGAGCUGGAGGAGCACAUCAGAGUCUACCUGGACAAGAAAGCGGCCAGCGUGGGCAGCUGGGGAGCGCUGCGGGAGAACUGGGAGGCGAUUUACCAUCAGGUGGGCGAAGCAGUCCUUGAAAAUGCUCGUCUUAUGCUGCACACCGAGAACAUUCAAGCCUGUGCUGAAGAUUUUAAAGACAGGUAUGAAAAUGAGCAGCCAUUCCGAAAGGCAGUGGAAGACGAAAUUAAUUCCCUAUAUAAAGUGAUUGAUGAUGCUAAUUUAACUAAAAUGGAUCUGGAGAGUCAGAUAGAGAGCAUGAAGGAAGAGCUAACUUUGCUGUCAAAGAAUCAUGAAGACGAUGUGAAGGUGUUAUACAAGCAGCUUGCUGGAUCUCAGCUGGAAGAACUUGAUGUUCCCCUGGGAAGUGGCCUGGACGACAUACUGGAAAAAAUCAGAAUCCACUGGGAGAGAGACAUUGAAAAGAAUCGUGCUGAGACAGGUGCCCUGCUCCGCACCAAGCAACAGGCUGAAACAACGGCUGCUGUGCGAACCCAGGAGGAAGAGCUGGUGGAGGGCCUCAGAACCGAGUUCCACGAAACUGCCUGCAAAAUACAGAGCUUGCAAGCAGAAACCGAAUCUCUGAGAACCUUGAAGAGAGGUCUGGAGAACUCUUUAUACGAUGCUAAGCACUGGCACGACAUCGAACUGCAGAACCUAGGCUCUGUCAUUUCCAAGCUGGAGGCAGAGAUGGGAGAAAUCAAAGUAGAAACCGAGCAGCAACAGCGGGAUCGUGAAAAUCUGCUGACCAGCAAACAACAGCUGGAGAAAGACAUUGCUGCAUAUCACUGUCUUCUGGAAGGAGAACAAAGCAGGUAUUUUUCCUUAAAAGGAAGUGUGCCACCAGGAUGA